AUGACUUUACCUUCUAUGGUGGUCAUAACAGAAAUUCCAUCUCUGGUAAGCACUGAAAUUAUUUCCACUACGAUGGUCAUAACAAAAAUUCCACCUCUGGUUAGUACUAAAAUUGUUUCCACAGCACCUUCCACUCUCCCCUCUGGGCCUAUAACUGAAGAAGGGUCAGCAUCAGUAGUUGUUACUACAUCAACAAACAUAUCACUAGAUACUUCAGCACUAAUACCAAUAACAACAUCUACAACCGAUUUGGUUCCUCCAAAGCCCAAAGGAACAAAGAAGUCGAAGACUGUCUCUCGGGUGUUAGUAGAUCCGGCUACUAAAAGGAAAUAUGUUGAGGUCAUUGUACCAUCAUCAGAUAAGAGUAAAGAUAAUAUACAACCUGAAGACUAUACCAUGCAAACUGUAGAUCUAGGAGUAGAGAUGCAUGAGAGUGUUAAGCUGGAUUCUCAAACGGAUUUUAACUCUUUGUUAUAG